AUGCUUCUCGAGCUUCAUCCCUUGAAUCUACAAAACGAUCCUCCUCUUCGGGACCGAGGCCGGGUGGUGACAGAGAACAAGGACUCAGCUGGCCGGCCGUCAUUGCCAUACCGACCAGCCGGUAGACCAUUGCAAGGCCUAGUCUACGCUGGAAAUGUAAAUCAAGCCGGUCUGCCAAGAGUUGGCCGACACCUACUGGCCGUCUGCACAGCAACGCGGUCUCGACCGAUGCCCGAGUUACGCAUGUCGUUGGGCGGUUAUCCGCUGCCAGCGGGGAGCCAAGAGAGCCAGAGCCCCUCCGUGGUGGACCAUGAAGGUAGGCAGGAGUCGAAGGGGAAGCUUAUGUGUUGCCUGUUGGUGGGAUGCAAGUUGAUUCCGCACACAAACAGUGCAAGCAAGCUCUUCUCUAAAGGAUCUACUGAAAUGGGCCAGAAGUGGACCUACGCUGUAGGUUAG